AUGUCCAGGAAAAGACCACAAGAGGCGGACGUGGGCGAUUCCCCGAGCAGCAGACUGAGCCAGAAGCGCUCCCGCCAGCAGCUGCACGACGGAGCCGACGACGAGCCCAUCAACGGGACCCCCUCGAAGCGGAGACGCCAGGCAGCGGACCCUUACGAAGUGCCUUCUGACAGCGAUGCCGCUGAUGCCGCUGAUGGUGAGGUUUCAGCAGCAGCAGCAGCAGCAGGAGACCCCGAUUCCGAACACGAGGAACAGACCCCGAGAAAGAAACGAGGCCGCCCGCCGAAACCAGCAACGCCGCAAGCCAGCGGCGCCGUCACGCCCUCGAAGCUGCGCCAGGUGAACACGCUGGUGACGCCCGUCAAGGCCGCCAUCACACCGCGGAGGCGCCAGGCCGCUGACCGUUCCGCACGGAGGAAGAGCGCCAGGGCUCUGAUCCAGAGCAUCGUCGCCGACGAGGACAGCGACGGGGACGAGGGUCUCGCGCGCGAGAUUUACGAGUCAAGCGAGGAGGAGGAAGACGAGGAAGCCGAGGAACGGAGGACACCAAGAGCAAAGACGACGACAUCGGCGACGAAACCAUCCACAGCAUCAGCACCAGCAUCAGCGUCACAACCCCCCGAACCAGACACACCAUCGGCAGCAACCCCCCGCCGCCGCGGCCGUCCACGCAAACUCCCACCGCCCAAAUCGCCAACCCCGCCCCGCGAGCUGCCCCCCCACGAAAUCUACUUUGAGCAGAACAAGCCCGGCCGCGCAAAGACGUCCCACAACACCCUCGCCUCCCUCGACCUCCUCACGCACGAAGAGUACUUUGACCUCCGCCGCGAGGACGCCUUACAAAACAAAGACCCCCACGCAGACGACCUCGCCUACCUCGAGUCCCUGCACGAGUCCUCUUUUCCGCAGUGGCGCUUCGAGCUCGCCCAGGGCUUCAGCCUCUGCCUCUACGGCCAGGGCUCCAAACGCAGCCUCGUCGCCAAGCUGGCGGCGCACCUCUACGCCGCGGACCCGGAGGCGCCCAUCGUCGUGGUCAACGGCCACGUGCGCUCUCUGACGGCCCGAGAAGUCUUUUCCACCGUCGCCGCGGCGCUCGAUCCGGCGCUGAAACUGCCCGCCCAGACGACGGCCAUGGUCCAGGCCCUCUCCUCGGCCCUCGCCUCAUCAUCACACAGCCGACCGAUAACGAUCCUCCUCCACUCCAUAGACGCCCACCCCCUCCGCAAACAAACAACCCAACAACUCCUCUCCCAACUCGCCGCCCUGCCCCAGAUCCGCCUCGUCGCAACAGCAGACACGCCCUCCUUCCCCCUCCUCUGGGACGCCGCCCAGCGCACAUCCUUCAACUUCUUAUUCCACGACGCCACAACCCUCCAACCCCUACAGGACGUCGAGCUCGACCCCGUAGACGAGGUCCACGAACUCCUCGGCCGCAAAGCCCGGCGCGUCAACGGCAGAGAGGGCGUCGUCUUUGUGCUCCGCUCGUUGCCCGAGAACGCAAAGAAGCUGUUCGAGCUGCUCGUCAUCGAGGUCCUGUCCGCCAUGGACGAUGACGGUGGACAACAGUAUGGGGCGGAGAAUACGGGUGUUGAAUACCGGAUGGUGUAUAACAAGGCCGUGGAGGAUUUCAUCUGCAGUUCCGAGAUGGCGUUCCGGACGCUGCUGAAGGAAUUCCACGACCAUCAAAUCAUUGAGAGCAGGAAAGACGCCCUCGGCACGGAGCUCUUGAGUAUCCCCUUCAGGCGAGAAGAGCUGGAGGCCAUCCUCGAGGACUUGAUGUCCUGA